GUGGACAGAGUUCUGAUGUUCAGUAGCAAUCAAGUUUGAGGUUCAGCAUUGUUCAGAAAGCCAAACAAAUGUAAUCUAAAAGAGAGGCCAACUGGGGCACCCAGCAUAGUAGAGAUCUUGUCAGUGUAAUGGCAGGUUGGACUCCUUUUGCCUCCAGGUCGACAGUGACAGACCAGAAACACACACUCAGCCCUGCAGGCAACUAAAACAUCUACUAGACAUACUGUAACUGCAGUUCCAAGAUCAUCAUUGAGCAGCCAACCAACUUUUAGAGACAAUGGACCCAAACCCCAACAACAAGACGAAGGAAACCUCCUGGACCACCUCACAUGACAUUCUUUCCCUCUAGAUGGUACAAAGUCAUCUCAUGACUGGGAUUCUGCAGCUACCUGUUAGUAUGCUGACAAAUCCUUGUUGAAACGGCCUGUCUGCAGGAGCAUUGAAAAAAGAAGAGGAAGCAGUCUUGGUUGUCACCUUAGCGCAGAUUGUGUAUCUGUGCCUCGGCUUAUAAUCAUGGGAAAAGAACAGGAUCUACUGGUAGCAGUGAAGAGUGGCAAUCUUUUGGUGGCUCACAAACUCCUAUGCAAAAUCAAGUGCAACAAAACCAAGCUGCUUGGCUCCACCAAGAGACUCAACAUCAACUACCAAGACUCAGAUGGCUUCUCAGCGCUGCACCACGCUGCCCUGACAGGCACCACAGAGCUGUUGUCUCUGCUGCUGGAGGCCCAGGCCACAGUGGAUAUCAAGGACAUCAAUGGCAUGCGUCCUCUCCAUUACGCAGCAUGGCAGGGUAAAGCCGAUUCUGUCUUAUUGUUGCUGAGAGCUGGUGCUUCAGUCAACUCCCCCUCCCACGACGGACAGAUACCACUACAUCUCUCUGCGCAAUAUGGACACUAUGAGGUGUCUGAGAUGUUGCUGCAGCACCAGUCUAAUUCCUGCCUCAUGAACAAGGCGAAGAAGACACCACUAGAUAUGGCCUGUGAGUUUGGCAGACUCAAGGUGGCUCAGUUGCUGCUGAGCAGUAAUAUGGUGGCAGCAAUGUUAGAAGGAGAUGGAACAACUGACAGCAUGGACUCUCCCUCCACCACCCCUCUCCACCUGGCAGCUAGGAAUGGACACAAAGACAUCAUCAAGUUGCUGCUUAAAGCUGGCAUUGACAUCAACAGAGCCACCAAAGCAGGGACAUCUCUCCAUGAGGCUGCCCUCUAUGGCAAAACAGAAGUAGUGCGGCUGUUGCUUGAUGCGGGCAUCAGUGUGGACAUGCGCAACACAUACAACCAGACAGCUCUGGACAUUGUCAACCAGUUCACCACCUCCUCAGCCAGCAGAGAGAUCAAACAGCUCCUCAGAGAGGCGUCAAAUUCUCUCCAAGUCAGAGCAGUGAAGGACUACUGGAACCUCCAUGACCCUACUGCACUUAACCUGCGGGCUGGAGAUCUGAUUAUGGUCCUGGAGCAGCACUCGGAUGGCCGGUGGAAAGGUCACGUCCAUGACACUCAGCGGGGGACAGACCAGGUGGGCUUCUUCCCCGCCUCAGUGGUGGAAGUUCUCAGCAGAAGAGCAGGGGGCACUCUCUCCCGGCAAGCCUCGAUGCCUUGCCCACGACAGCACUUUGCACCCAGAGAUCCUCUCUCAAGCCAUAGCCCUGCCCCUCAGACUGACGAUUCAUACAUCCUUGGCUAUGAUCCUGCAGGUGCUCCAGCAGGCAGUCAGCUCUCAGCCCCAGCUAGUCCUGCUAGCCUCACUAAGGACAUUUGGGUCCUCAGGAGUUCUCCCACUGGUGAUAGAAACAGCAUUGGCAGUGCCGGCAGUGUGGGCAGCAGUCGCAGCGCUGGUAGCGGCCAGAGCUCAGAGAGUGGCCACAAACAGAAUGGGAUUCAGAAUCGCCACAACACUGACACUGGCAAACUGCCUCCCUCUGCUAGUGAAUCAGGAGACCACGUCCAUGUUACAGCAGCAGACCACAGCAAACAGGUUGACGGAUCCACAGGUGGUUCCCGUCGCCAGGUCAAUGGCACUUCUCAGAAAGGUUUUGUGAGACCAGAACAACUUCUGGAAGGCAAGGACUCUGAAGCCAUCUACCAGUGGUUGUCUGAGUUCCAGUUGGAGCAGUACACUUCCAACUUCAUUAAUGCAGGAUAUGAUGUACCCACCAUCAGCAGGAUGACCCCUGAGGAUCUCACAGCUAUCGGAGUGACCAAACCAGGCCACAGAAAGAAGAUCUCAAUGGAAAUUGGCAAGCUGAGCAUCCCUGAGUGGCUGCCAGAUUACAUUCCUUCGGACCUAGUGGAGUGGCUGAGUGUAAUUGGAUUACCUCAGUACCAGAAGAGAUUGUGUGACAAUGGCUACGACUCUAUUUCUAUUGUUAAAGACAUCACCUGGGAGGACUUGCAGGAGAUAGGAAUCACCAAACUGGGCCAUCAGAAGAAGCUAAUGUUAGCAGUGAAGAGAUUGUGUGACCUGCAGCGCUCUCGUAACCAUGCCAACAAAACUGGAGGUGGCACUCUCAGAAGAAAGCCUCCUGUUGCUCUUGAACUGGUGACCAUUGAGCACACGCCAACACACAGUGUGCACACUCAGGUGCGCUCAGACCCUCCAGCCAACAACUGCUGUCCCUCCCCUUUCACACCUAGAGCCCUCCUUUCCUUCCAAAAUAGUGAGUUGAGCGCCGAGCUCCAGAGUGCUAUGGUGGGCAAGGUGGAAGGAGGAGUCACAGAGGCAUUUGGCAUCAAAGGCAUGUCCUCUGCUGCAGUUUUAACUGCCAGUCAAGAGAGUAUUAGCAUGCGUUCACGGGGCUCAGGGAAUUCUGGGAAUUCUGGAAAUUCAGGAUAUUCUCAGGAUCACCAAGGCGCAUCAUCUUCAGCUAGGACAUGCUGCCAGUCUGAGAAAAGUUUGGGAGCUGGUGCAGAAGAGGAGGUAAAGAAUGGAAGAAGCAGUCCUGGAGACAGAAGUAGACAAAGACCCAAAGACAUAUGGGAGCGCCAGAGUCGGUCUGCUACACCAAACAAAAUUCCUUUCUCCCCCAUUACACCUCCACUGACCCCAAGCAAGAUGCCCUGCUUUAUUUACCCAUCAGUGCCACCCAAGGCCAAACACGUUCAGCCCCAUAACCAGCUCAAUCAGCCUCAGCACCACCCACAGUACCACCCUUUCUCCUCCCCAUCCUCUCUACCCUCACAGCCUUCCCCAACACAGAAGGCCUUUAGUUACAUUCAGGCUCAGGCAGGAAAUGUCAGCAGGGACCCACGAGUGCUCUCCAAGCCAAUGCCUGGAGCCGUCUCUCUCCUGGGACCCCCACUUGCACAGGCCAAAGCAGAUGCUGCCCAGAGAGGCCCACAAAAGAAACGUUCUCAAAGCCUGACUCGCUUUGCUCUUUCUGAUGGUGAGCCAGAUGAUGAUGAUGAUGACCUUGCUCCCUCCUCUACCUCUGCUUCCUCUGCAAUCGUGCCAUCCUAUGCCACUCUGUCACGCAGGUCAAGAUGUGGGCACACAGGUGCUACAGGGGCUCAGCGGCAUAUCAACCGCAGUCACUCCUUCGCCGUGCGCUCCCGACACAAAGGCCCACCACCACCGCCACCUAAGAGGAUGAGUUCAGUAAGCAGCAGUACAGCACAUCAACUGAUAAAUGGGAAAGUGGUGGAACCAGAGGUGAAAGGAGGGGUGGAGACAGAGAGUGUAGGAACCGUGAGGAGCAUUGCUGCCAGGUUAGAGGGUAGUAGCACCAGCCCAUCUAGGAGGAUAGACAUACCACCAACCCAUGUACCUGUCUCACCUGUUUUCAGCCCUGUUUCCUCCCCGAUCUCACAUGGGUUUUCUUCUCACAUCAUCAUACAGCACACCAAACCUGUCCCUGCCUUGGGUCUGGGGGGCCUAAGGAGAGUAGGAAGUGUUAGGACAGAUGGAAACUCUGACAGACAAAGAGGUGAAAGCACAGAGGGAACAUUUGAGGAGAAGGAGAAAGCAAGGAAAAAUGAAAGAAUGUCAAAGAGUGCUACUGUAUCUCCAAAGCACAGUUCCAGAGACCACCUACCUUUUGCUGAAGAAGGCAACCUCACUAUCAAACAGCGUCCCAGGAUAGUAGUUGUUACUCAGGCAGAUACUAAAGUAAUGACUUCUUCAGAGGGUCCAGUCCAGACCCUGAACAGCUUGGAGCUCCCAGAGUUCAAUCUGAAAGAGUCUGACACAGUGAAACGACGCCACAAACCCAAAGAUAAAGAUGCGUCCACACCUGAGGAAGCCACCACCUCAAACAAAGAUACCAACCACUUGCAAACCACCAGCCUCUAUACACAUAAUGAUGUCAGCACACUGGUUGAUGUAGAAGCUCAGAGGCCAGUAAAUGUCUUCCAAAGAAUAGGCUCCGUGGGAAAAGGCCCGAAGCCUCCAGUGUCCUCUAAACCUUCCAGUCCUCUCAAGCAACCUCUUAAGAGCAGACCAGCAACCCCUCAAAAAACUCUUUCUUCGGUUCAAGCUUGUGCACAAACAGCCAUUCCUAAACUCACCAGUGUGCAGAUUCACACAGUCUCCCCAAAGAUGGGUGGAAAUAUACACACCCACACAUGUAUACCCAGCCUUAAACCUGUGAAACAUCCACAGACAAUUAUGUCCAAGCCUGAAAGUCCACAGAAAGCUGCUGCUUUUACUCUAUCAGACUUCCCUCUGCAAAGUACAGCCUCUGCAUCACUAGCAGGAUCGAAUCACACUGUGAUGCAGAAUGUUGCCUUUGCUGCUCCAUCCUCCCAAGCACCAACCUCUUGCUACUCCACCUCUGCACCACUGUUUCAAGCAGGAAAAACAGGGGUAUCACCUUCUGGUGUUGCCGGUCUGACGGUGCUGGCUCAGAAAAGACUGGAGCAAACUAGUACAUCAUUGGAAGCUGCCCUUAAAGUGGUGGAAAACAAACUGGCAGAGGGAAGUACUAUGGACAGUGGCAGUAGCACAGUGACGACAGCCGGAAAUAUUCUGGAUGAUAUCGGCAACAUGUUUGAUGACCUGGCUGACCAGCUAGACGCCAUGUUGGAGUGAUUUCCCAGAUUCUCCGCUACAGACCAACAAAGUUUUUUUUCUCAAGGGAACAACAGACAGAAAAUUGAGACUCAGAUGCCAGCAAACAGAGGGUUAAGAUGAACCUUUGAUGUCAGGAAGAACAGAGACCAUGGAGCUCAGCACUUCCCCAGGACUCUGGAUGAAUCAGUAAGCACACAUUUGAGGAUUUUCCUGCACAUUUCUUCCUCGGUGUCCAGUUUUUCAGUGCAAGCACUUCGCCUUAGGACAAACACCUGGGAAUGUUAUUGGAGCAAUAACAAAUAGCAGCUGCAAGAUCAGCUUCCAAGUGUCAGCUGAGUAUGUUAUCACUACAGGGAAUGAGGGUUUAUUUUAUUCACGUUACCUGUUAAUGUAUAGAUAAGUCUAUCGUGUUGCUGUAUAUGUGGGUAGUCAGAUAUCUUUAUAGGGAAUAUAUUGACUUAUUAGCUAUAUUUAUACUUCUAUAUGUUUGUUUUUUGACAAAUGGAGUUCAUUUUGAUGCACUGUUAAAAAAGAUGAAAACAUUUUAUGAUAUUAUAUGUAUAUGUGUGUGUGUGUGUGUGUGUGUGUGUCUGUAAAGUGAACUUACUGUAAGCAUGCUGUGUCCAAAGAAUAGGAGAUGCUUUAAAGCAUUUUUAGUGAGGUUCUGAAAGAACACAGGCUUUACUUCAAAGUGACUGAACACUGUAAGAAAUUUUGUAACUAUGGAGGCUAGAGUAUGACAAAACAUUUAAAUCGGCUUAUUAACAGAUGCAUUUUCAAAAAGUCAUGGUAAAUAGAUUUAUUAAAACUUUGCAUCACACGAAAAGUUUACAUAUUUCAGUUGAUCUAUUUAUGUCUUUAUUGUAUCUUUACAUUUAAAUUGUAAUGACAAUACACAUUUUUUUACCCUUAGAUGCACGAUUGAUUGGACCCUACACUCUUCCAUAAGUGGGUCAGAAAUGACCCAUUUAAGAAUCAAUGUGUUUUUAUUCCAUUUUAUUUUAUUUCCAUUUUUAUUCAUUUUGGUUAAGAAUAAUAAUAAUUAUUGUUUGUAUUAUAUUGUUGUCCACACAACAUUGAUUUGAUGUUUGAAAUAUGAUCAUUUUUCAUUUUUUAACAGAUUUUGAGCAUUUUGAUAAUUGAAAAAGAAGAAAAUUACACAGAACAGCAAUAGAAGAAUGUCAACAUCCAUUUUGUCGAAAUUUUUCCGCUCUUUUCCUCUAACUGGAUACUCUCCAUCCGUUCAAGUUUGUGUACUGCAUCACCUCUUGUAUGAUAUUAUCAGUGAUGAAGAGGUUGGGGAUGGUAAUACAAAUUUUACAAUUUCUUUAAAAGUAUAAAAGGUAACUUAAAAAUUUAAAUGUUGUGAUAACGAAAACAUGUUUUUUUGGGGGGAAUAGCUGCAACAUGAAAUGAUAAAAACUUUUUAGAUAGAUAGAAGAUAUUGCAAGAAAACAACCACACCGGGUCUUUUUUUACACACUGCAUCUAAGGAUUAAUAAGCUUUGAAACAGAGCUUUUUGAUCUCUCAUAUUUCAGUUUUACACUGCAUUAUUUCAUGCCUCAGCGUUUACCAUUAAUCAGUUUGUCACCAUUUAAAUGUAGAGAGUCUAUUUGCUUUAAAGAUAUAGUAACACUGUGUCACCCUAAACUCAGAGAAGCAGAAGGAGCUCUGAUCACACAGGUUUCUCCAACCAUACAGCAGAGAAAGUUGUUUUUUUGGUAGGAUAUAUUUAAAGGCACGCCUUUUUUGUCUGUAAAUAAAUGUUCACAAAAUGGCCCCUUUGAUAUGGGUUAGAAUUAUAUUAAUCCAUCACUUAUAGACACAACAGAGGAAUCAGAAUAAUUAAUUGGCAAAUUUAAAAAUCAAAUUUUACUUUGAGUUUUAGGUGAGUUAAAUUAUUUUGGCAGACUCCACAGGAAAAAAGGGGACCUGUCUUACAAUGAAAUUUAUCAGCAGGAAACAUUUUAUCUCAUUAAACAUGCUCCACUGGUGUUGUUCAGCGUCACCAGUGUUUGAUCUAUCUGUCUGUCUGUCUGUCUGUCUGUCUGUCUGUCUGUCUGUCUGUCUGUCUGUCUCUCUAUCUAUCUACCUAUCUACCUAUCUAUCUAUCUAUCUAUCCAUCUAUCCAUCUAUCUAUCUAUCUAUCUAUCUAUCUAUCUAUCUAUCUAUCUAUCUAUCUAUCUAUCUAUCUAUCUAUCUAUCUAUCUAUCUAUCUAUCUAUCUAUCCAUCGAUCUAUCGAUCUAUCUGCCAUCUACACUACCGUUUGGGGUCACCCAGGCAAUUUUAUGUUUUCCAUGAAAACUCACACUUUUAUUCAUGUGCAAACAUAAUUGCACAAGGGUUUUCUAAUCAUCAGUUAGCCUUUCAACAUCAUUAGCUAACACAACGUAGCAUUAAAAAUCAGGCAUUUCCAGCUAGAAUAGUCAUUUACCACAUUAACAAUAUCUAGACUGUAUUUUUGAUUAAUUUAAAGUUAUCUUCACUGAAAAAAUGCUUUUCUUUCAAAAAACAAGGACAUUUCUAAGUGACCCCAAACUUUUGAAUGGUAGUGUAUAUUUAAGAUCAUCACUACCAACCAUUUUACUCUUUUACAUGUCCCUGUCUUUUACCAUGCACCUUAUAGAGGAUUCUCUGCACCAAAAUAUCUUUUAUUGCUUUGUUAACUAUCUGUUAUUCACUCGAUGUCAUACAUUUACUGUGCAGUUUAAUGCUUGUUUGUAAAUCUUCUUCUUUCAAUAUAACGAUUUUAAAAAGUCA